UAAAAACAAAAAUAUUCCAUCCAAAUUUAGCAAUCUUUUGUGUUCCCAUUAAUAGAUUCCCAAAAAGCACUUCUAAACCCAUUUUGGAAUACAUUGAACCUUUCCUCUUCUUCUUCUUCCUUCUACCUUCUUCUCUCUGUUCAAUUUUGGGGGAAAAUGGGUCGUGGAAAAAUCGAGAUAAAGAGGAUCGAGAAUGCGAAUAGCAGACAAGUCACUUUUUCCAAGAGGCGUUCUGGGUUACUUAAGAAAGCUCGUGAGCUCUCUGUUCUUUGUGAUGCUGAAGUUGCUGUCAUCGUCUUCUCUAAGUCUGGCAAGCUCUUCGAGUACUCCAGUACUGGAAUGAAGCAAACACUUUCCAGAUACGGUAAUCACCAGAGUUCUUCAGCUUCUAAAGCAGAGAACCUCCAGGAGGAUUGUGCAGAGGUGGAUAUUUUAAAGGAUCAACUUUCAAAGCUUCAAGAGAAACAUUUACAACUGCAGGGCAAGGGCUUGAAUCCUCUGACCUUUAAAGAGCUGCAAAGCCUUGAGCAGCAACUAUAUCAUGCAUUGAUUACUGUCAGAGAGCGAAAGGAACGAUUGCUGACUAACCAACUUGAAGAAUCACGCCUCAAGGAACAACGAGCAGAGUUGGAAAACGAGACCUUGCGUAGACAGGUUCAAGAACUGAGGAGCUUUCUCCCGUCGUUCACCCACUAUGUUCCAUCCUACAUCAAAUGCUUUGCUAUAGAUCCAAAGAACGCUCUCAUAAACCACGACAGUAAAUGCAGCCUCCAGAACACCGAUUCAGACACAACUUUGCAAUUAGGGUUGCCGGGAGAGGCACAUGAUAGAAGGACGAAUGAAGGAGAAAGAGAGAGCCCGUCAAGCGAUUCAGUGACAACAAACACGAGCAGCGAAACUGCAGAAAGAGGGGAUCAGUCUAGUUUAGCAAAUUCUCCACCUGAAGCCAAAAGACAAAGGUUCUCUGUUUAGUCCUAGAAAAGUAUGGGAGAAGGCUACUAAUGUUUCCUCUUUAGCAAGUAUCCGAUUGUUUUAAAAGUAAUUUUAGAGGGAUACUUGCAAAAAGAAGAGAAGAUUCAGUUAUCUAAUCUCUGCACCAACUCUCUUUGUCCUUCUUCUUUUGAUUAUUUCUCGACUGUCUCUCCUAUAAAAAAGAUAUGCCUAGCUGAGAGUUUGAAAUCCAUAAUCUUUACAAGGCACAGAGUUAUUUGACAUCUCGUAUAGUAAGAAAAUUUGCG